AUUUCCCCAGCGCUGCCGCUUAUCGGGGACCAGGAGCCGCUGCUGCAGCAGUCUGACACAUUAAGUCUGCUCCUCCACUUGAUGCCGGUGACCUUGGCCGUCGGUGAUCGCGCCUUUCCUGACUCCGGCUGGGCUCUCCGCUCCUCUCCUCUCUCCCAUGGCAUCAUCUGACGGGCUGGACGAGGACUGCGUUUUGCAGCGGGGAAGAUCACAGAGUGACCCCAGCAGCAUCACCGAGAUCCGCUUGGGUGAAGCUCACGGACCAGAUGUGAUGGACCAGCAGAGGGCGCUGCAUUCUGGUUGUCUGGUGUCGGGGGUCCGUACACCUCCCGUACGCCGAAACAGCAAGCUGGCAAGUCUGGGACGCAUCUUCAAGCCUUGGAAAUGGAGGAAAAAGAAAAACGAGAAGCUGAAACCCUCGGCGAGUGAGUGUCGCGUCAGUCACGAGACGACUGAGGCGGCGGAGAAAAAGGCAGCUGUGAGACAGAAGAGAGACGACCCCGUCAAGAGGAGCCCGGGGGAGACGGAGACAGAGUCGGAUCUUGCUUGCGGGGGCAGUGGUGAGGACCCAGACACCCCGACUCACUCUGAUGGGGAGGACAGAGAUGACGAGCCUGUGGCACCUCUGGCCAGCACCAACGAAGACCUGGGCAGUGACUUAGAAGCCUCCACAGCGCAAGAUGUGACUGAAGAUUCAAAGGCAGCGGGAGAUCCCAGCCAGAGUGAAGACGGGGGAGAUGAAAGCACCUCUCUGAGCGAGCCCAGCGAAGAGGAGACGGCGGGGAAAGUGGAGGCCGACCAGGGCAAACCGGAGGUGACGGCGGCGGCCAAGCCUCAGAGACGUGCGAGCACCCCCCCUCCGCCCAACCUCCCCGUCAAACUGCUCACGAGGCUGGGCAGCUUGGACGGUGCUCCUCCUGUGCCGGUGAAAAAGUCCCCAGCCACCCUACCCAGGAACUUCACACUUCCCAAAGACCCCCACGGCUCUCUGCUGAGGGGCAGGAUCUCCACUCCAACUGGGUCCCCUCACCUUGGAGCGCUGCAUCCACAGGUGCCCCCCAGCUGCAUCAUCGAGGAACUGCACCGCGCCCUGGCCACCAAACACAGGCAGGACAGUUUCCAGACAAAGGAAGCACGCCCGUCUCCGAAACGCAGGCUGGACGGCCGUCUGUCGCGCACCUCCAGCACAGAGAGGGACGCUGCCGGGGAGUCGGAGAGCAAGAAGGAGUCCGACGAGAACAAGGAGAACUGCCGAUUGGACGCAUACCUGAGUGACCAGGACAGCUGGAAUGAGUCUGUGAUCUCUGGGACCCUCCCACGCAGGAUGAGGAAGGAGCUGCUGGCUGUGAAGCUUCGCAACAGGCCCAGCAAGCAGGAGCUGGAGGACCGCAACAUCUUCCCCGUGCGCAGCGACCAGGAGCGGCAGGAAAUCCGCCAGCAGAUCGAGAUGAAGCUGGCCAAGAGACUGAGCCAGAGGCCGGCGGUGGAGGAGCUGGAGAGCCGGAACAUCUUGAAGCAGAGAAAUGACCAGACUGAGCAGGAGGAGAGGAGGGAAAUCAAACAGCGGCUGAACAGAAAGCUGAACCAGCGGCCGACGGUGGACGAGCUGCGGGACAGAAAGAUCCUCAUUCGAUUCAGUGAUUAUGUGGAAGUGGCCAAAGCUCAGGACUAUGACAGGAGAGCUGACAAACCCUGGACCAGGCUGUCGGCUGCUGACAAGGCGGCGAUUCGGAAGGAGCUGAACGAGUUCAAGAGCAACGAGAUGGAAGUUCAUUCUUCGAGCAAGCAUCUGACAAGGUUCCACCGGCCUUAGCAAGGUUUCUUCUGUGAAGAGUUGCUUAUACCUGGUUCUGUCAGAGAAGACCUUGCGCGGAGUCUUCCAGUGCCCUGGCCCACAGUCAGUGGGUGUCCUGAUAUUUGGGUCCAGCGAACCUUGGAGGCUAUGUCUCUAGAAAUGGAUCUGCCCGUGGAAGGGGAUGCAUGCAGCAAGCUCCACUCCUGCUCAGAAGAACAUCUCCUUUUAACCCUCACCUCACCUUGUCAGAGGAGCGGGAAGAAUCAAGGCCAUAGACAAGACUUCUUUUUCUAAACAGACUCUCUUUUGAAUGAAAGGCGCCCUUUUUGACGCCGAACGGGGGGUGGAGGGGGAGGGAGGGGGACGGCGCAGGGGGGACGGCGCAGGGGGGAGGGCGAAGAGGGGGGGGUUUGCAUGUGACCGAGUCGACCAGUCCCACUCCAGUUUCCGUAGUCACAUCCCCAAGCUGUGUCUGAGUCCCACCGACUCAGUUGAUGAUAAAUUUCAUAUCAACAGUGUAAAUGUUCUUAAACAGAAACCUUGUCUGUGUACAAGACAAAAUCCCUUUGUAAGCACUAUUUAUCGUCUGCACAAUACAGGUUUUCAAUUUGUAA